AAAUCUCGAACCCUUUGCUCCAUAGACGCGAGUGGGAAGUUCAAUUGCGGAACCGCUGAUUGUGGCAGCGGCCAAGUGGCAUGCAAUGGCGCCGGCGCAAUUCCGCCUGCAAGCCUUGUUGAAUUCACUAUAGCGCCAACCGGUGGCGUAGAUUACUUCGACAUCAGCCUGGUUGAUGGCUUUAAUUUGCCUGUUUCGGUGACGCCAAUGGGCGGAACCAGUGAGUGCCAAGCGGUAGUUUGUGCAGGAAAUGUAAAUGCAAUUUGUGCACCGGAAUUAGCCAUCAGAGGACAAGAUGGUGCAGUGAUCGCGUGUAAAAGUGCUUGUAUGGCUUUCAAUCAGCCGGAAUUUUGUUGCAGCGGCGACCACAAUCAGCCACAAGCUUGCCCACCCACAGAUUAUUCGAAGAUGUUCAAGGAUCAAUGCCCCCAGGCUUAUAGUUACGCUUACGAUGCUCAAACAAGUAUCUUUACGUGCAAGGCUGGAGCCAAUCAUCAAAUCCCUCAUGCCCCCGUUAGUUCAUAG